UGAUGAGGCUGGCAAUCUCAGUUGGGAGCAAAUUUGAAUUGAAUUGUCUAUUCGAUGGGCAAACGCAUCAAACGAAAAUGUCGAGUGUCAAAGACAAAGGAUGGACAUGAAGUGCGUUCAUGUAAAGUAGCUGACAAGACCGGAAGUAUUACAAUAUCAGUGUGGGACGAGGUGGGCAGCCUGAUACAAACAGGAGACAUCAUUCGACUCAAUCGAGGAUAUGCAUCUCUCUUCAAAGGCUGUCUAACACUGUAUAUUGGAAGAACAGGGGACCUUCAGAAGAUCGGAGAGUUCUGUAUGAUUUUCUCAGAAGUGCCAAAUUUCAGUGAGCCCAACCCAGAGGUGCUGGCAAAAAUCAACCAAAUCAACAACACCCACGUAAAAACAGAAGCUCAUGGCAGCACUCCUAGUAUACCGACUCCAGGGCCACAGGGAGGACCUACAGCAAACGGCUCUGCUGUGUUUUCCCCUUCUCCUGUCCCCCGAGAGCCCUCCUUUGGUGCAGGUGGACGUCAUUUGAACCGCAAUCAUUGGAACAGUGGUAGUGCUGCUUCAGUUCGAGAUGGAGAACAGAGAUCAAAACCCAAGGUCACCAUCACUAAUGGACGGGAUCCUCGCCGAGCCCUGAAGAGAUGAGAGCAUAUUUGUAACUUUACUUUUGUUUGUUACACUAAUUGAUGGGGUAUUUGAUUAAUGAAUUAUAUUAACCUUUUCUGGAUUGAGAUUUUGCACAAAGUAUAAAUAAAGUCACUUAAA